UAUUCUGAAGCAUUUGAACCGGAAGUCGUAUUGUUGUCGCCGCUGAGCGGAACACAAACCAGGAGAGUGAAUGUAGAUGAAAACACUUUAUAUGUUUAUUAUUUUAACAGCAAAGAGGCUGGAAACAUUUCUUUAACGUCUGUCUGAUGAGUGGUGGUCAGCGAUGAGCGUCACUUUGGAUAUAAGACUGAAAAGAGCGAACAAAGUUUACCAUGAAGGGGAAACGGUGGCUGGUGUCAUCCUGUUGGUGUGCAGGGAGGCGCUGCAGCAUCACGGCAUCACUCUGAGCAUGGAGGGGCUGGUGAACCUGCAACUGAGCUCCAAGAGCGUUGGCGUCUUCGAGGCUUUCUACAACUCUGUCAAGCCCAUCCAGCUGAUCAGCAGUAACAUCGAGGUGGCCAAGGCAGGAAAAGUUCCAGCAGGCAAGACUGAGAUCCCCUUUGAGUUCCCUCUGAACACAAAAGGCAACAAAGUGCUGUACGAGACAUACCACGGUGUCUUUGUCAACAUUCAGUACACCCUGCGCUGUGACAUGAAGCGCUCCCUGCUGGCCAAAGACUUGAGCAGGAACUGUGAGUUCAUUGUGCACUCUCAGCCGCAGAAAGCUAAAGUUGUCCCCACUCCAGUCAACUUCACCAUCACGCCAGACACCCUGCAGAACAUCCGCGAGAGGACCGCACUGCCAAAGUUUUUAAUCAGAGGCCAUUUAGACGCCACAAACUGUGUCAUCAGCCAGCCGCUGACUGGAGAGGUGGUGGUGGAGAACUCUGACGUUCCCAUCAAGAGUAUUGAACUGCAGCUUGUGCGAGUAGAGACCUGUGGUUGUGCUGAAGGUUACGCCAGAGAUGCCACAGAGAUCCAGAACAUCCAGAUAGCUGAAGGUGAUGUUUGCCACAGUCUCGCUAUUCCCAUCUACAUGGUGUUCCCCAGGCUGUUCACCUGCCCCACACUGGAGACCACCAACUUCAAAGUCGAGUUUGAAGUCAACAUUGUCAUCGUGCUUCAUGACGAUCAUCUGAUCACAGAGAACUUCCCGCUGAAGCUGUGCAGAGUCUAAAGCUGGAAUCACAUCAGCGCUGAGAUAAGUUUACUGCAGACCUGCUGGCUACAACACACAGGACCGAGCGUCAGUGUGAAGUGUUCCCAUGUGGAGAUCUGACUUUUGUUUUUUCAUGUAACAGUUCCUGAAAUGAUGUUAACCUUCUGUGGCUCCAGGAAAUGGAUUGUUUGACUUAAUAUAUGUUUAGAUGAAUGACCAAACGUGUUUCAACAGAGACCAUUCCUUU